AUGAAGAAGAGGACCAGCAGUGACAUUGGCACUAAUGCCCCAGACUACAAAGUCGGCAAACGAAGAAAGGCCAGCUCCAACAAAGGCAAGUCGAAGGCGGCUGUCAGUGAGAUUGGUGCAUGGCCAGAGCAUUUCCAAUCAGCAUUGAACACCGUACUCGCGUUCGUUUCUUCCCGGAAACAUUUGGCGACGACCUUCCCGGUCGUCCGUACUUCUGUUGAAAACCUCCUUCAACAGCCCUUGGAAUUGGUCAAGGUAGCGGAACUCAAAGCACUGCUGCCAGACGUCAUCAAAUUCGCGUAUAUACCCAAAGUCGAGCAUAACAUCCAUGGUGAAUCGAGGCCGGAUCCCUUCACGCCAUCAUCAUCAACGGGUCACAUCGAAGAUGAUACCGACCAUGUCCUCAUCUUAGACUUUGCUGAAAAUUCCAAAGGAAGGAAGAGUCAGAACCCGGGAUUUUCACUUGCCCCUCCGCCUGCAUUGACACCCACGGCCGCGAAGAAGCUUGUGGAGAAACGGAACACUCUUUUGGUACAAGCAAUCAACGAGUUGAUUGCGGCAACGCCUUCUGGCGAAGAUCCAGUGGCAUUACUACAAUCUGCUGGCCGGGACCAUAUUCCGAUUAACCCCUCCGCGUCUCACGCAACAUUCUCCGAAUUUUCCGAAGCUGUUUCAUCUCAAGUUCCGGAUCCAAGUCAUCGGCCAUCCAUCAGCUCUAUCCUCUCAGAAUUAGAAUCUCAGUCUUGGUAUAGGAAUCAAAUUGUGGAAAGAAGAGAAUUUGAUGUCCGGGAUGGGAAAGCAGGUGAUCUAGAUGAGCCGCUGUCGCCAAACAUCAAGCAAGCUCUAGCGACGGCAAGGAACAUCUCUUCCUUGUACACCCACCAGGCCACCGCCAUCAACGCCCUUGCAAAAGGAGAGAAUGUGAUCGUGUCCACCAGCACUGCGUCCGGUAAAAGUGUCAUCUAUCAAGUACCCGUACUACGCUUCCUUGAGGAAGACGCAAGUGCUACCGCCAUUUUCGUUUACCCUACGAAGGCUUUAGCUCAGGACCAGAAGACUGCUAUGGAACGACUAUUGGUCUCAUGCCCUGGGCUCGAACACAUCCAGGUAGCUACAUAUGAUGGUGAUACAUUGUCAGAGUACCGCACAGGGAUACGUGAAGCGGCAUCCAUCAUAUUUACUAAUUUCGACAUGAUACACGCAGCGAUUCUUCCUCACGAGGAGCUUUGGCGAAGCUUCAUGACACGCCUCAAGUUGUUUGCUGUAGAUGAACUUCACUAUUACUCGAACCUAUUUGGGAGUCACGUUGCCCAAAUAAUGAGGCGAUUUCGAAGAGUGUGUGCCGCCGUUGGUAACAGCAACGUGAGGUUUGUGUCCUGUAGCGCAACCAUCAGUAACCCCAGCAUGCACAUGAAGAAUAUUUUCGGCGUUGAUGAUGCUGUAUCCGUCACCGAAGACGGAGCUCCUUCUGGACACAAGGACUUCAUCAUAUGGAACCCUCCGCUCAAUGACGAAGCGGAGCCUGCUCUGGGCCGUAGGAGCUCGCUUAGCGAAGCUACUGGUUUAAUGAGAUACCUGAUGAAACGGGGGAUACGGUGCAUUUUGUUUUGCAAGAUCAGGAAAGCUUGUGAAUUAGCAAUGAAGACACUUCGCGCUGACUUAAGUGCGGAGGGACGCCAUGAUAUCCUUCAGAAGACUGUCGCCUAUAGGGGAGGUUAUUCGCCCGAGGAUCGGAGACGUAUCGAGACUGACGCAUUCUCCGGAAAUCUCCUGGGGAUUGUUGCUACCAAUGCUCUGGAGCUCGGCGUGGAUAUUGGUGUACUCGAUGCGGUCAUAAUGCUGGGGUUUCCUGUGACCAUAGCGAGCUUUCGCCAGCAAGCUGGAAGGGCUGGUCGAAGGGCACAAGACGCAUUAGCAGUUCUUGUUCCAGACAUGUUUCCUGUCGACCAACACUACCUCCAUCACCCAGAGGACCUGUGGGACGGCCCUAUCAACGAUAUAUUUGUCGAUCUCCAGAGUGAAGUUAUUCUCGAGGCCCACCUACAAUGCGCCGCGCAUGAAAUGCCUGUUUCCACUGAAGAUGAAGUCUAUUUUGGAUCUUCCCUCAAGCACAUAUGUGAAACCCGUCUGACAAAGGACGCGGACGGAUGGUAUCACCCACACACUAAGUUCCUCCCAUCCCCCUCCCGCCAUAUAUCUAUUCGUGGUGUGCAAGAAGAGAAGUAUGCCGUGGUCGACGUAACGAAAGAUACAUACCCGGUCAUUAUUGAAGAGACUGAAGUAUCUAGAGCUCUCUUCGAAAUAUACGAAGGAGGUGUUUUCAUACAUCAAGGACUGACGUUCAUCGUCCGGGAAGUCAGCCACGAUACAAAAAUGGCCAAAGUCAUUAGGGCAGACGUCAGCUGGACUACUGAGCCUCGAGACUUUACAGACAUUAAUGCUGCUCAGACCUAUCGCUUAAAGGCACUUAAAGAUUCGCCACAGAGAUCCUUUUUCGGCAAAGUGCAUAUCUACACCAAAGUGUUCGGCUUUUUCAAAGUUAGGCAUAAGCAAAUCUUGGACUCGGUAGAUGUAGAAACGCCACCUUGGGAACGCGACUCCACCGGAAUGUGGCUCGAUGUCCCCAAAUCAGCAUUGAUGAUCAUGGAAGAGGCGGAUAUCAACGCGGCCGAAGCCAUACACUCUGCCCAGCAUGCCUUCCUCAAUCAGUUUGCAAUGGCGGCUGAUCUCAGAACGGAAUGCAAGGCUGCAGAGAAAGAGUACAAGAAAGCCGAAUCAUCUAGGAAGAGACCUGCACGUCUCAUUUUCUAUGACACUCCUGGUAGAGGUGGUGGCGUUGCCGCGAAAGCAUUCGACCAAUCCUACGCAAUUCUUCAUAAGGCCAUGAGCACCGUAGAGGGUUGCAGCUGUUUCGAGGGAUGCACAAACUGCAUUUUAAGCCCUGCGUGCAAGGAAAAUAAUGCGGUAUACUCCAAGCUUGGGGCACUUAUCGUGCUCAAAGGUAUCCUGGCUUUGAACAUCGACGUGAAAGAGAUCUCCCAGGAAACUAGGCCCAUGCGAGGCUUGCCUACAAUAGUUGAGGCCGGUCCUGUGCCCGUCGUAAGUGGCGUUGAGGUGGAGCCGGCCAAGUCAUAA